AUGUACAAAGACAAGCCAUUCCAAUAUCCAGCUGGACGGCGAAAAGGGCCAUGGUUCUUACAGCGAAGGGUUGUCGCGUUAGUAUUGGUAAUGCUUGCAGGCUUGUCGUGGUGGUUUGGUUUACUCUCACCCCUGUCCUUCGCGACACACAAGCCGAAGUCUUCGGGCAGUUCAAAGGGCAAAGGGUCGUGGAAUUGGCUCGGUGAAACAAGCACAGUAGACUGGGACGCCAGAGCGGAGAAGGUGAAAGAAGCUUUCAAGGUGUCGUUUGAGGGCUACGAGAAGCAUGCCUGGGGCGACGAUGAAUAUCAUCCGCUAGCGAAAAACGGCAGGAAGAUGACACAGAACGGCCUAGGCUGGAUCAUUAUCGACGCUCUGGACACCAUGAUGUUGAUGAAUCUGACCACGGAGCUGGAACAUGCUCGACAAUGGAUUCAUCAUAACCUCACUUACGACCAGGAUCACGAUGUCAACACUUUUGAGACCACCAUCCGCAUGAUGGGUGGCCUGCUCUCUGCGCACUACCUCAGUACGAGCUUCCCAGACGUUUAUGCUCCGGUCACGGAUGAUCUCAGCCCGGAUAUGUACAUUGAGAAGGCGACGGAUCUGGCCGACCGCCUUCUAGGUGCUUUCGAGACCGCUUCUGGUGUGCCUCUUGCGAGCGUGAACCUACACACAAUGCAAGGUAUACCCUCUCACGCCGAUGCUGGUGCUUCUUCCACCGCUGAAGCGACCAGUGUGCAGCUCGAGCUGAAAUACCUCGCUAAGCUGACAGGCGAAAUACACUACUGGGAAAAGGCAGAGCAUGUGAUGGACGUCGUCGACGCCAAUAACAUGCCUGAUGGUCUGCUUCCGAUCUUCAUAUACGCAGACCAAGGCACUUUCCGUGGGAACAACAUCCGCUUAGGAAGUCGCGGGGAUAGUUACUAUGAGUAUCUUAUCAAGCAGUAUCUGCAGACAGAUCUGCAGGAACCAGUAUAUCAAGCCAUGUGGAAUGAGAGCUUAGCGGGCAUCAAGAAGCAUCUACUCACUUACAGUAGUCCUUCGAACUUCACUGUCUUAGCCGAGCGACCGAAUGGCCUGGACGGCAAUAUUGAGCCGAAGAUGGAUCACUUGGUGUGCUUCAUGCCUGGCACCAUUGCGCUUGCUACAACGGGUGGUAUGCAACUUGAUGAUGCGCGAGAGCUGGUGACUUGGACUAAGGAGCAAGAAGAGGACAUCCGGCUUGCGGAGGAGCUGAUGAAGACCUGCUGGGGUAUGUACACCGUUACACCCACCGGUCUUGCGGGCGAGAUCACAUACUUUAACAUCCAUGACCCGCCACUGAUGUACGAGGAAUUCACCACGGACAAUCGACCCAAGGGCCCUGCAAGUCUGGAUUCUUCAAUGGACGAUUCAAAGCGCGUAGGUACUGAAGAUUAUGUGAUCCAUACUUCGGAUCAACACAACCUCCAACGACCAGAGACGGUGGAGAGUCUGUUUUACAUGUGGCGCAUCACUGGCGACGAGAAGUACCGCGAGUGGGGAUGGAGGAUGUUCGAGAGCUUUGCGAAGUAUACGAUCACGCCGGAUGGGACGGGGUAUUCGAGUAUCGACAGCGUGAUGGCUUUGCCACCGCCUCUAAGGGACAACAUGGAAAGUUUCUGGCUGGCCGAAACGCUCAAAUACUUCUACCUGCUGUUCUCGUCACCGCAGAUGCUCCCGCUCACGGAUGUGGUGUUCAACACCGAAGCCCACCCAUUUCCGAGAUUCCCGAUGGGCAAACUGUUCAAGACUGGUUGGCAACGCAAGCCCAGAGACAAAGAAGGCAAGGUCAUUCAGACGGCGUCAGUGUCGUCGUCGACCUCUCUGCAAGGAGUACGGGCUGCAACGGAGAGUGCUGCAGAUAUGCACAUACAGACGGUGCUUGCGGAGCAGACGAGCGCCAUUGUCGAAACUGUUGCAUCGGCUUUGAAGACGGCGGCGCAAGCUGUGACGCAAGAGACGAGUAUUCCUGCUGUCGCUGAUGCUGCCGCUGCUGUGCUUGGUGCUGGCAGUGUGGCUGGGGAGGUUGCUGGUAUGGUUGGUGGUAGCUGA